CAAAAAAGGUGCGACGACAAAAAAACCCGCGCCUUUUGUUUGAAAGAUGGCGACGCCGCCGCUGCGGCGUGUCUUGUUGGCGCUGGCGCUGUGCGCAGCUGGCGCCUGCUUUGCGGCACCCAGGCAGCCGGUGGCCUCCCGAUCUUCCGCCAGGGGGAGCUGUUCUGAACUGAUCCCACGUUUUCAGCUUCACGCAAGGACCAGGACCCGCGAGUUCCGCGUGCCGCGCCGGGCGGCUCCGUCGUCUUCGUCGCCUUUUUCGCGGCGCCAGCUGCUGCAAAGCCUCACGGAUUUCCUGCCGCUGCUGCCAGGCGCUUGGUUUGUGUACCUAUUCUCCCGGCUGCCCAAGCAAUACAUCGCUGCCUCGGGCGAUCCCUCGGCAAGCUCGGGCACAGGCGCUGAGUCCUGGGGCCUUUGGACCAAAGACCCGGGCCCAAGGGGCGUUCGUCUCAGCAGCUACCCGCGGCUGAAGGAGACCAAGCAAGCGCCAGCCGGCUGGACUUUCGACGAGGCCGACUGGUGGCUGGAAGAGCACGGCCUCAUUAUGGAGCAGCCGGAGCCGUUGCCGCCAGGCAAGUAUGAGGUCACCGGCGAUCGCGAGGUGACCACCACCCUCACGGUGUUUCCCAAAGACUCGGAGGGCAAGCAGAAGUGGGAGUUGGCCAACGGCGCGAAGCUCUUUGAUGUCACCCACCUGCCGUGCCGCUCCGCCCGAUACCGGGGCGCCGCGUGCUCCGCGGGCGCCGCGCGGAACGAGGACUUCCCCGUGCGCCCGGGGGCGAUGAUGCCGGCGGUGGCCGGUUGCGAAAAGCAAGAUCACGCGGUGCUGUUCGUGCUCAACUCGCAGUGAGAGCGGAGCGAUGGUCCGA